CAGAAUGCUGGUAACCAACAGAGACUAAAUCGUGUCCAGGUCAUCAGUAGUUGUAGGUACUGCUCUGGUACUUUGCACAACCCCAAGCAAACUUGUAAUUUUGCUAACAACAGCAAAGCAACGGCAAGUGUUUUGGACAACAGUGGACCGAGACCAACUAUAACUGGAACUAUAGCAGCUGUCACCCCGCAUCUCUAAGGAAUAAACCGGCAGUUUUAACAAUUGUCACACAUAAGUGACUUGUUAAUGUUUGCUAGUGUGCUACGGAAUUUAACAAAUCCAAUUGCUGUAAAAACCCAACAAGUCCAAUCAAGUUUUUGCCAAAGAGCCGACCGUCCCGUGCGAUGGACGUGGCAUCUUCAAUUAUCACACAAGUCGCUCGAGAUGGAGAACAGAUGAACAAUGGUUAUACCCCACCCACCCGAGAUAACAGAUCACAUAAAGGUUCAGUCAAACGGAAGCAGAAGUCAGAUUCACAACGGGGUACUCUGAGGUCCUUGCUGUGCUGCUUAGGCAGGCCGAAAAGGAAAACACCGUUCAAUCAUUCUGCCCCACAAGACAACUGGACCUCCUCCCAAAAUGGGAAAACCGACCACACCCCCCCACCUUCUCCUGCCCUGGAGACAAAGACACCAGAAUUGUGUAGAACAAAUGGCAACCAACACUGCUUAUUGCCACCACGGACAGAGAAGCACAAUAAUAAAAAGUGUGCGGUUAUAGACCUGGAUGAAACUCUUGUACAUAGUUCUUUUAAGCCAAUCAACAAUGCAGAUUUCAUUGUUCCUGUUGAAAUAGAUGGAACUGUACAUCAGGUUUAUGUUUUGAAGCGUCCCCAUGUAGACGAAUACCUAAAACGAAUGGGAGAAAUGUUUGAAUGCGUUUUAUUCACUGCAAGUCUGGCCAAGUACGCAGACCCAGUGUCGGAUCUCCUUGAUAAAUCCGGGGUCUUCUCUUCCCGUCUCUUCCGAGAGUCUUGUGUCUUCCACCGUGGAAAUUACGUCAAAGAUUUGAGUCUCAUCGGCCGUGACUUGAACAAGGUCAUUAUCAUCGACAAUUCUCCAGCUUCGUACAUAUUUCAUCCAGACAACGCUGUCCCCGUAAUAUCUUGGUUUGAUGAUCCAACUGACACCGAGCUCCUGGAUCUUCUCCCGUUCCUGGAGGCAAUCGCAGAGUCCGAGGAUGUUUAUUCUGUCCUCCGGACACAUGGAUUUACGUCUCAUGCUAAGGAGACGACAGCUAACAUACAGAGACAGACUGAACAAGAAGAUGGCCAAGAGAGGUGACAGCGGACAGUGCAACAACCGCCAACGUCCGGAAUACACAACAGCCCACGCCACUUCGCCCAUUCCUGGUCGAUGCCAAUUCAAGCAAGAACACGUCACCGCCCAACGACCUAAAGUGACCUUUGUGGGCCGAGACGUCGCCGGGAAUAUUUUCUCCCAUGAACUGGCGGUGACCGGUUCGGACAAGCGGUAUCGGCGCCUUCUGGUUUCAAAACGCUGUGUCAUGACACGCGAAGCGGCUGUAUAACGGUGCUACAUAAAGUUUUAACUAUAAAAUAACAAGCAGUUUUCAGGCCUCGUUCCGUCCCACGCCGCCACUACCUGUAGCUACCAAAUUGCUGAAGGUGUCCCACCCAUAGUGCUCCGUGAUCAAGGCGUCGUCAUAGUCCCUGUUAUAAUUUCCUAUACGCCAGCGCCCCCUUUCAUUUGUAUUAUAGAAAUAGUGUAUGGGUACUCCGAUCUAGGCACGUCAGCCACCUCAACGAUCUUAGCGUUUUCUUCUGAUCUUGUUUUACCAAACAUACCGGACCGUAACUUAUGAGUAUGAGCUUAUUUUGUAUUACUCGCUGUCGUUAAAAUCGUGCUUAAUUUGCCUACAGGAGUUUUCCUCCGCCCGUAAGGCGCUCGCCGCUGCUUGUUCCAGCGUAUUCUCCUAACUCGCCAAGUUUCAACUUUUUUUGCGAUUUUUUUGUUUUCUGGGCUGUUAAUACUUCAGCCAACAAUUAUGGGCGUCCGACUCUGCUCCCGAAGCGUUAGAAUCGCCCCCUUUGACCCCCCCCCCUAUCGCCCAGUAUCCAGGUGCCUUACAAUUUCGUCUUCCGCUGCCUUUUCUCCGCUGUGACGUAAUAAACCACAUUAGAAUUGCAUUUGUGCCGACAGCGCCGGGCAAAUGCAUCUGCGCAUGUCGCGACUGAUGGAGCACCGGCGGUUAUCCAAUUACGCUCCAUGGUCGUGUAAGUCGCCCCUACAAAGCAUUUCCACUAAACAGUGAUCUUUAGCGCACACACGCGGUAAAUCUUUUCUGUAACUUGUCGACUUCUCGCGGCACUUAAACAUUUUCUCCGUUGUUUUAUUCGUCUACGCAUCGUUUACAUUUAAUCUCGUUCUCGAUUUUACCCGAUUUUAAGUGUAUUUUCUACAACUCCGUGGUGCAAGCUACGCAUCCCUAUACCGGGAGGACAUUUUACCCGAACCGCGCGGCCUAAAUGAAACAUCGCUCCGAACAAACCCCCAGCUCGUCCAGCCGCCAACCACAGCCGUCACGUCACGUUCACGUUAUAGGCCAGCAUGCAUAAUUCAACAACCAACGUCGCGUUUUCCGCAAACCCACUUCUAAAUCUGGAAUACUCAAGCCAUGCAUUAAACAAUUCGGAUUUCGGGAAUCUCACUUUUUCGCUUUCUCCUCCUGAGCUCCUCAUCAAAAGAGCAUCCCUCCUUAAAUUACAUUCUGCAAUUUUGGAAAAUUACUAAAUCCACUCCGUUUUUUUUUUCUUAAACUAGUUGCCCACGGCCCAAAGUCUCAUAGAAACGUUUAAGAAUUUUUUUUCAGCACUUUUACCAUCGACCUUUUACUCAGCAGUGGGCACUUCUCAAAACUCCUUUUAUUUUGAGCGCAUUUUAGAUUGGUUUUACCGUGUUUCCUAAAUCGCCGUGUGACCCCCUAUGUGUAUAAUGUAAGCCCGUGUAUUUUAUUACAGGGGUUCUUCUGCUUGGGUUUGCCAAAUAUUUUCAUGCAUUUAAAUAGUAAUAACAUGUAUAAUUCCAUGUGUGCGUCAACACAAAUCUGAUUUUAAAUAUCAGUUUUCAAAAGUAAAAGAACCCCUGUUUUAAAGUGAUAAAUUUAAAUCUUUCGUUUUUUCCUUUCCUUAAUUUACCACACAUUUCAAGUAAUACCAUUUUCAUUUGUUCAUUCAUUUGGUAAAGUAGCGGCGUUAGGAAUAUAUACCAUCAUGUUUUAGACACUGUCCAAAUCCUUUUCUUGUAAUGAACUCUCUCUCGUUCGCCUUGUUUCCUGUCGCCAACUGUGCGAUCAUUGGUGGCCCUGAACAAAAAACGUAUUUUGUAUAAAUUUCAAUAUAUAUAGCUCUAAUCAA